UUGUUAAUUGAUAUAUUUGCUCACCUGCAUUCUAUGUGUAUGUUGCUUUGCCAUUUUGACUCUUUGGUGUGGGAGGGACAUAGCAAUGUGAUUGUACUGAGCAUGUGCAGGCACAAGACUCCAUUUUGAAUUCUGUGUGUGUUUGGACUUUAGUAGAGAAAGUGAGUGUUUGGACUUCCAACAGAGAAGUAUGUGUUUGGUCUUCAAUGAAAGCUGGUUGCUGUUUGGACUUCAGUAGAGAAGUCAGUUUAGAGACUUCAAUGGAUACAGAAUGAUUGUGGACUUCAGUGAGUAGUACUACUAAAGACUAUGGAUUAAGAAUGAUACCCUGUGUAAACACAGAGAAGAAGCUAUAUCCUAUUCAUAACUGAACUUCAAUAAGAUAACUGCCUGUAUGGACUGCGAAGGCUUUGAGAAGUGCUGCACCAAUGUCUGUGGCCUCCGGAGCUGCGUGGCCGCGCGCUACGCGGACGGGAGCCUCUCCGCUUUGGAGCCUGCGCAGGAGGCCACGUGCGAGAGCUUUGUCUGCACGCAGCAGGGCUCGGACUGUGACAUCUGGGACGGGCAGCCCGUCUGCAAGUGCAAGGACCGGUGCGAGAAGGAGCCCAACUUCACUUGCGCCUCGGACGGGCUCACCUACUACAACAAGUGCUACAUGGACGCCGAGGCCUGCAUCCGGGGCAUCAGCCUAGCCGUGGUGCCCUGCAAGUACAUUUUCACCUGGCCCAACACCAGCCCGGUGCCGAUGGAGACCACGGCCCACCCCACGCCCGGCGAGGCCGCGGAGCUGCCCGUCCCACCGGCCCUCUUCAACAACCCCUUCCACCAGUCGGUCUACGUGGGCGGCACCGUCAGCUUCCACUGCGACGUCAGCGGCCGGCCACGGCCAGACAUCACGUGGGAGAAGCAGAGCGACCGGCAGGAGAACUUCAUCAUGCGCCCCGACCAAAUGUACGGCAACGUGGUGGUCACCAACAUCGGGCAGUUGGUGAUCUACAACGCCCAGGCGGAGGACGCUGGGAUCUACACUUGCACCGCCAGGAACUCUGCCGGACUGCUGCGAGCGGACUUCCCGCUCUCGGUGAUCAAGAGGGAGCCCUCGCGCGGGGAGGCCCGGCCGCCCAGCGCCCCGCAGCAGCUCCCCCCCGGAGAGUGCCUGAAGGAGCCCGACAAGCAGGAGUGCGAGCCCGUCCAGGUGCGGUGGCAUUUUGACGCCAAGCGAGGCUCCUGCGCCACCUUCCGCCACGGCGGCUGCAAGGGGGGCAGCCAGAACCACUUCGAGACCUACGAGGCGUGCCAGCAGGCCUGCGUCAACAGCGCGGUCAACCUAUGCGCCCUGCCCAUGGUGCAGGGCCCGUGCAAGGACUGGGAGCCACGCUGGGCCUACAACCCGCUCAUGAAGCAGUGCCACUCCUUCAUUUACGGCGGCUGCGAGGGCAACGAGAACAACUUUGAGAGCAAGGAGGGCUGCGAGGACGUCUGCCCCUUCCCCAAGGCCCUGCAGUGCAAAGCCUGCCGCCUGAAGAGCAAGAUGGUGCCGAGCCUCUGCCGCAGCGACUUCGCCAUCGUGGGCCGGCUGAUGGAGAUCGUGGAGGACCAGGACUCCGGCAUCGCCCGCUUCGCGCUGGAUGACGUCCUCAAGGACGAGAAGAUGGGCCUGAAGUUCUUCAGCAUCAAGUACCUGGAGGUGACCCUGACGGAGAUGGACUGGAACUGCCCGUGCCCCAACAUGACCGCCGAGGACGGGCCGCUCAUCAUCAUGGGCGAGGUGCACGACGGCAUGGCGGUGCUGGACCCCAACAGCUACGUCCGGGCCGCCAACGACAAGCGGGUCAAGAAGAUCCACGAGCUGCUGGAGAAGAAGACCUGCGAACUGCUCAACCGUUUCCAGGACUAGCAGGUUCUUCCACCUCACGAAGGCAGGCUGGAGGGGUCCCUCCUCUCUCUGCCCCACAGGACUGGGCUGGAACGUGGUCCGCCGCUCCCGGAAGCCCCGCGGGCCCCGGAGCCCGGCUCCGGGAGCAAAGGACCCCAUCCUCAGCCAGGCCAGUGCCACGGACUCUCCUGUUUUUCAGUGUUUUCAGUUAUUAUCACUCUUCGGUUACCAUGAGCUCUACUAUGCCUGUAACUACCUAUUGUCUGUUUUUGUGUGAGCUGUAAUUUAUCUGUGUCUGUGAUGCCACCCUACCCCAAUCACACCAUUUUUAAAAACCCAUUUUCCUUCUUGGGAAAGAUUUGUUCUCCCCUUUGGAUUUCUGAUCCGAAAGCAAAUGGUUAGCGUGAUCGCUAAUAUUAAAGAUUUGCCCUCCAGCAACAGACCACACCGAGUGACCGUGACAGACAUGGUUUGUAAAAUGUGCGCAUGAAAGAGCAGGAAACUCCUGGAUUGCAGUUGGAUUUGCAAGCAUUCUCCUUACGCAUACAGCCCAUUGGGUUCGCAUGCUAAUCAACCAACCAAUUACUCAACCCAGACUAUUUGAAUUAACCAUUAUUUUCCAUGAUACACAAAAUAAACCAGGAUAUUAAACCGA